CCGCCGCUGCCGCCGCCGCCUGCCGUGGACUUCUCGGACGCGCGGGAGGCGUUCCGGAGCAAGAGCAGCGCCGAGCUGGCGCGCGGGCUCCUGGUGCUGCGCCUGUGCGCCAUCGGGCCGCUGGUGGAGCGCGCCGAGCAGUUGAUGCAUCUCAGCCAGAAGCUCCUGGGCCGCCGGCUCUUUGAGGCGCUGAUGAAGCUGACCUUCUACGGGCAGUUCGUGGCUGGGGAAGACCAAGAAGCCAUCAAGCCCCUCAUCCAGCACAACCGUGCCUACGGGGUGGGCUCUGUGCUAGACUACAGCGUGGAGGAGGAUCUGACCACCGAAGAGGCUGAGAAGAAGGAAAUGGACUCCUGCACCUCCGCAUUUGAGAAGGAGACAGGCAAGCAACGGGAGAAACGCUACAGCGUGCAUCGCAAGUUUGGCGACCGCCGGGAUGGGGUCAUCAGUGCCCGUACCUACUUCUAUGCGGAUGAAGCCAAGUGCGACCGGCACAUGGAGACGUUCCUGAAAUGCAUCGAAGCCUCAGGUGGCAGCUCCGAGGACGGCUUCUCGGCCAUCAAGCUGACUGCGCUGGGAAGGCCCCAGUUCCUGCUGCAGUUCUCGGAGGUGCUGGUGAAGUGGGGCCGGUUCUUCCACCUGCUGGCUGCGGAGCAGGGCAAGGCGGGCCUGGCUGCCCUGGAGACCAGGCUGGAGGUGGAGAAGCUGCAGGAGGCGCUGGCCAAACUGGGGAUCGCCACCAAAGCGGAGAGCCAGCACUGGUUCACUGGCGAGAAGCUGGGCGUGUCUGGAACAGUGGACCUGCUGGACUGGAACAGCUUGAUUGAUGCUCGGACAGAGAUCUCCAAACUCUUGCUUGUCCCGAACAUGAAGACAGGGCAGCUGGAGCCGCUGCUCGCUCACUUCACCGAGGAAGAGGAGAAGCAGAUGAAGCGCAUGCUGCAGCGCAUGGAUGUGCUGGCCAAGAAAGCUGUCAGGACAGGCGUGCGGCUGAUGGUGGAUGCGGAGCAGACCUACUUCCAGCCGGCCAUCAGCCGCCUCACCCUCGAGAUGCAGCGCAAGUUCAACCGGGAGAAGGCCGCUGUCUUCAACACGUUCCAGUGCUAGCUGAGGAACGCCUAUGACAACGUGACGGUGGACGUGGAGCUCUCGCGCCGGGAAGGCUGGCAUUUUGGGGCCAAGCUGGUGAGGGGCGCCUACAUGGAGCAGGAGCGGAGCCGGGCAGCCGAGGUCGGAUACGAGGACCCCAUCAACGCCACCUACGAGCACACCAGUGAGAUGUACCACAGGUGCCUGGACUACAUCCUUGAGGAGAUUCGGCACAGCCGGAGGGCCAACGUGAUGGUGGCUUCCCACAACAAAGACACCGUCGAGUUCACGCUUCGCAGGAUGGCGAGCCUCGGCCUCCACCCCGCUGAGAACAAGGUCUACUUCGGGCAGCUCCUGGGCAUGUGCGACCAGAUCACCUUCCCGCUUGGUCAAGCUGGGUUCCCCGUGUACAAGUACGUUCCCUAUGGACCUGUCAACGAGGUGCUGCCGUACCUGGCGCGGAGAGCCCAGGAGAACAAGGGCUUCCUGGCGCGGGCCAAGGAGGAGCAGGACCUGCUCUGGGCGGAGCUGAAGAGGCGCUUCUGUUCCGGCACACUGCUCUCUGCGCCAGGCUUGCCCUAGGGCCGCACUCCGGCGGCCUCGCCUGCGGGGGAGCAAAGCUGCUGAAAGCAAGCGCCCACCUCGCUGGAGAGGGCCCGGAGCACCGUGCCCCUUCCUCACACCCUGACAUGGCCUCUGGCAUGCUUUGUGUGGGGGCUGCUAUGGAGGCGGGGGCUGCAACCCACUCCCCCGCCCAGCCCAGCCCAGCCCAGCCCGGCGGCCUGCCCAGCUCAGGCGUGUGAGAACAGCCUCCUGCGAGCCCGGCUUAGCCUUGUCAGCAUCGAAGGGUGGAGUCGCGAAUAAAGUUUCCUUGCAGAA